GUCUCUCUCCUCAUUCACUCUCCUCGUUCUCUCGCGUGCACCGUUUCUUUGUCUUUCUUCCAAAACUCAUUGAUCUCAUUUACUGCUGCUAUAAAUCUCGAUGGAUUACACUCACUCUCUUUCUGUUGGCGUCAUUUCCAUUUCUACUUUUCUCUCACUACUCCAUCUACCGCCCUUUCCCUUUCCUCACCUGAAUCCUAAUUCGAUCCGCUGGAACUCAAACAACCACCACAGAGUAGGUGAUUGGAGAAUAGGUGAUAGAUCAAAAGAAGCUGGAUUUCUUUGCCGAACGGAGAGAGAUCCAUCCAUAAAGCAAUGGCAACCAAAGGAUGUAACAAGCUACCGACUAUUUUUGAUCUAAACAAAUCUCUUCAAGACAUCAUAGAGGAGGUCAAAAGAAGAAAUAUUUGUCUCUUUGACAUACUACCAGUGGUUAAAUCAGACUUGCUAGUUCCAUUAGUGGAGGAACUAUUAAGUUACUAUGAUCAUGAGAAAAACCUUUUCGAAAUCAAUGGGCAUAAACUUGCUGUUACUUUGGAAGACAUUUUAUACAUAACUGGUUUGCCCAUUCGGGGCAAACCAAUUAUGAAAGCUUCUAAAGAAAAUGGGGCUUUCGAACGUGUUUUUGGAAUCAACAACAAAAAGCCUUGCAGUAUUAAGAGGCUGAAGGAGCUGGCGGGCAAUUCAAAUCUUGAUAUUGAUACUAGUGUGAAGGCAGCUCUACUGGUGUUAAUUGCCUGCGUUGUUAUACCUACCGGUGACACGCACACUAUAAGGGGAGAUUUUGUCAGUUAUGUUGAAAGACUUGAGGACGUUGACAACUAUGCAUGGGGAGCAGCUCUUCUCGCAUUUUUGUACAGUGGUAUUUGCAAAUGGAAGGUUGGUAGGCAAAAAAGUGUAAUCGAUGGCAACCUUUGGGUUGUAUUGGCGUUUUUUCUUAUCCGCAUUCCAGACUUGGUAGAAGCUAUUGAUCUCAAUCUAAACUUGGAUGGGAAACAAGUACCUUUGCUGCUUCCAGUAGUGGAGGCGGUAAGCACAAUUUCCCACAACCACAAACCCACUUACAUAAGCAAAGUACAGAAAAUGCUAGACACUCUUACUGAGGAGCAAAUAUGUUGGAAGCCGUACAAAUUAGAUCUUCAUCGUCCUAUACUGAGGGAUCAGGAAAUGUACAAGCUGCUUCUGGCCCCAAUUUGUUGUAUGAGUGCCGUACAUUACCAUACACCUCAUUAUGUCCACAAGCAAUUGGAAGAACUUGAGGUCGUAGAUGUGAAUAAGAUAAUGUGGAAACUACCCAAAUGCAAGAAAAGAAAAGGAAAUAGUGGACCGACUCCCCAAACGUUUUUAUCUGAUUUCGAGCUUCAACAAUGGAAUGAAGGGAGACUGGUAAUCAACUAUCUGCAGGGUCAUGAAGAUGAUGGUAUGGUUGAUCAACCCGGGAGUCAUGUAGAGAAUGUUAUGGUUGAUAAACCUGAGGCUUCUAACGCUAGGGAUGUAUAUUCCUUCGUACAUGUUGUUGAUCUAUCCGAGACAAGUAUGGUUGAUCAACCCAGGAGGAAUGUAGAGAAUGUUAUGGAUGAUCAGCCCGAUAGGCAUGUAGGUAUUGUUAUGGUUCAUCAACCCGAGACUUCUAACUCUAGGGAUGUAGAUUCUGAAGUACAUGUUGAUGAUCAACCCGAGAAAUCUAUUCACGCAGAUGACCAUGAGCUUAAGAGGAUGAAGCAUGUUGGCUCUGCUUCUGUUGAUGAAAAGGAAGAUUUUGAAGUCCAAAUAGUUGAGGAAGCAGGCAUUUCUUUUCCUGAUGGGUUUUCUAAACUGGAAAUUAAUCCUUGUCCUGUUGCUGGAAAUGAAAAUACAAAAAUAUCCGACUAUACUAGACAGUUAUUAUGGGAGACACACAACAGCUGUCUGCAUGAUCUGGAUACUAGUGCUACUGAAAGUAUUGAUGAACCUCAAAAAAUUCAAAGUGGUAUGGUUGAUCACGAGUGUACAAAAGAAGCUAGUGUGGUUGCUGUCCUAUGUGAAUCAAUAGAGAAACAGGGUGAUGAGGUUACUGUUUCUUCUAUUAAGGAUGAUAAGGAGGCAAUACAAGAGCAUCAUGACAAGCCAUACUCGAAAUUAUCAGAACCUCCUAGAAAUGGAAGCAAAGGUAAGACUCCCGCAAAACGGUCAGAAAAAGGGGAUAGAUCAACCAGUGUACCUCUGAGCCCAUCAUCUGGUUUCCAGCUGUUGCAAUCCAACGAGGCACAUCAGUAUAGGAAUAUUGAUUCCAUCAGUACAAAGCCAUUUUCAGAUUUGAAUGCCUCUGCUUCUCAGUCUGUUAUGUUUCAACAGCCUUUUAUGGAUGUUCAGCAAGUACAGCUGCGUGCACAGAUCUUUGUCUAUGGAGCUUUGAUUCAAGGCAUAGUACCCGAGGAGGCUUAUAUGUUAUUGGCUUUUGGCGGUUCAGAUGGUGGACGGAACUUUUGGGAGAAAGCCUGGUCUUCCUACUUGGAAAGGCAGCAGAGUCACAAGUCUAAUUUAAUUAAUCCAGAAACACCACUGCAAUUACUAUCAGGUACUAGAACCCCUGAUUUGGCAGUUAAGCAAAGUGAACUGCACGGAACAGGUAUUUCUUCCCCUCUUGGCCUAGCAAGUAGCAAGGGCACUCCAACCAUUGUAAACCCUUUCAUUCACCUGUCAUCUCCCCUUUGGAAUCUACCGUCUCCCUCACAGGCAUUUGUUUCAUUGCAUCCUAAUCAAACUCCACCACUGAGAAACUUCCUUGGGUAUAAUACAUCUAUGAUAUCCCAAUCCCCCCUUUUUGGACCACAAAUUGCUUCUGCUAGUCCUCCACCUGAUAACAGUUCCAAUCUCUCUGCUUCUCCUCUGACUCUUGCUGAUCGCCUCAAAAGUGGCUGGAAUGUUGAGAAGAGGAUUAUGUCAGACGAGUCUCUUACAAAAAUUGAGGAGGCAAAAGUAAAUGCAAAGGAAGCUUCUGCUUCUGCACUGCAAGCAAAACUGAUGUCUGAUGAAGCAUUGAUCUUUUCUGGUCAUGAGAGUUCUUGCGGAACCUAUUUUACGAAGGGUACGAGUAACUUGAGAAAAACAACCCCUGCUUCCAUCUUAAAGGGUGCAAGUGAAAUCAAUAAAAUGUUCAAUAUUGAUAAGAACAUCAAGAAUGAAAAGAACCCAGAUGCACACAGAUUGGCAAGGUCUGGUCUUCGUAAAGAAGUUCCAAAACAUUAUGUUGCAAGGGGGACAAGUAGGAUUAAUGAUGGAAAUGAUUCAGAUAAGACUGCAGUUUCUUUGAUACCACAUGCUUCAGGAUCACGGGGAUGGAAAAAUAGUUCAAUAAAGGACACCAAAGAAAAAUUAGGAGCUGACUGCAAGCCCACCUCUAAGUCUGGAAAGCCACAGGUUUUGAGUAGAGUGAUCCCAUCAAAACAAAAACCUUUGUCAAAGUCUCGUAACCAUGAUUUGACAAGUCGUACACAAAGGACAAGGGACUCUUCAAGGCAUGUCAACAAUGCAUCUCAGCGUGAAAAUCAGAUGGAAAGGGCAUCCUAUUCUGAAACCUCAGGUGCAAGACAAACCUCAGAAUCUAGAAAGCCACAGGUUUUGAGUAGGAGAAUUCCAUCAAAACAAAAACCUUUGUCAAACUCUUGUAACCAUGAUUUUACAAGUUGUGCAGAAAGGACAAGGGACUCUUCAAGGCAUGUCAACAAUGCAUCUCAGCGUGAAAAUCAGAUGGAAAGGGCAUCCUAUUCUGAAACCUCAGGAGCAAGACAAACCUCAAAGUUUAGAAAGCCACAGGUUUUGAGUAGAAUGAUCUCAUCAAAACAAAAACCUUUCUCAAACUCUUGUAACCAUGAUUUGACAAGUCGUACAGAAAGGACAAGGGAUUCUUCAAGGGAUGUCAACAAUGCAUCUCAGCGUGAAAAUCAGAUGGAAAGGGCAUCCUAUUCUGAAUCUUCAGGAGCAAGAAAAACCUCAAAUUCCUCACGUGCAUCUUCAACUGAUUCUCAUCCCACCAAGAAGCCACUAGGGUCAAGAGUAAGUAAAGGAAAACUAGCACAUGCUGAUGGAAGGUGGGGGUAAACUUGAAGUGGCAAAGGACGUCAAAGGAAAUCCUGUUAAAUCAACCUCUGAAGUAGUUCUUGAUCCUCGUAGAUCAAAUCGCAAGAUCCAGCCAACAUCAAGACUAUUGAAAGAAACCCAGAGCUCAUUAAUUAUCACAAGACUCCUUCGGGUCCACAAGAAAAAGGUUAUAAAAACCAUAACCGGAAUACUCCUAGGGGUAAUAACCAUGGUUUAAUGAAGGCCACAGUUGGUUGUCUCACAUAAUUUGCAUAAAUUUGUAUAUUAUAUAUAAUAGGGGACAUAGCUAAGGGAAUUCUUGCUAUAUAUAAAUUUGUAGGCUGGCUGGCUGUACAUGGAAUUUAUCCAUGUUGACUUAUUUAUAGAAGUUUGCUGAUAUAUAUCAAAUGGUAACAUAGUACUUCCCUGGGUAUUAUAGUACACAACUGUUUUUGCUCCCAUUUUCUCCUUUGCCUAUUGUCUGUGCUAUAAAUAUAGGUUGGCAAAAUCUGGGAUAACAAUUGCUGUGGCAAUCAUCAGCACUGUAAAAAAAGACUU